UCUCUCUCUCUCUCUCUCUCUCUCUCUCUCUCUCCUUCUCUCUCUCUUUCAUGAGUCUUUCUCUCCUCCAAUUAUUUCUUGUUGAUGACAGCUUAACAAAUAUUGUAAUCAGGUUGAAUGCUGAAAUGCGAAGAACAAACAGUAAAUUCCGCGAUCGCUCUGAUGUCCCGCACCGAAGCCACCCGGUGUAAAGUUAUCUAGGGCGAAAAAAAAAAAAACCCCAAAAACCCAGGACGAUAAAAAUGGUGGGUGAUAUAUGAAUUGGACAAGUGUUACGUAAGAGUGGAAUCACGAUUCAUACUUUGUGUGCAAACUUGUUUUUUCGCCGAACAACUGAAGCGGAGACAAGAUGGCAAAACAAAGUAAUUCAGGACGGCAUACUUUUUUCAUGUGCGUCUUAUUUUUGAUGGCGGCCGGUGCCAUUACGAUGUCAGCUAUCGUUUUACAUCGCAUGCUCAACGAAGACGACGAUGUACCUACAGCAACGUCAGCACCCACCGGACCCCCGGGAUCAGGAGCGGAGAAAGGAUCUACUCCCACCACUCCUGGAUCCACGCCUCUCCCGGAUUCCCGCCGUGGCGCAGUGGUGGAUUGUAGUCCUAAAAAUUUGAAAGAAAAAAAUUAUGUGAUCAGCAAAGAGGAUUGCGAGGCCAAACAAUGUCUAUGGAGGGAGGCGGCCAACAGCAGGGCGCCAAAAUGUGUAUUCCCGGACAGUAUAGGUUACCGAUUUCAAUCGUUGACAGUUAACGGGAUCACCCAGCAGCUAAAAAUAAAGCGGACGGGCCCUGGGGAAGUGUACGGUAAAGCUGUGUAUCUCGAGGUGGACGUCACUAUAGAGGAAUAUGGGGACAACGCCCUCAGGAUCUACUUUCGCCCCACGAAUUCCAGUCCAUUUGAAAUCCCUGACGAGGCUCUGAACAUGAACAAGCCACCCCCACCUGAGAAUAAAACGUACACUGUUGAGAUUGUAAAGGAGCCGAGUUUUGGAAUCAAAGUCAUUCGGAAAAGCACAAAAUCAGUUGUAUUCGACAGUAGCCUGCCUGGUCUCACGUUCUCUGACCAGUUCCUGCAGAUCAGCACACGCUUACCCACGGACAAUCUGUACGGAUUUGGUGAACACAACCACAGGCGGUACCGCCACGACAUGAACUGGCGCACGUGGACCAUUUUCACCAGAGAUAUGGCUCCAGUAGACGACUGGAAUUUGUAUGGAGCUCACCCAGUGUACAUGAACUUAGAGGAUCAGGGAAAAGCCAAUAUGGUCUUCCUAAAAAAUAGUAACGCGAUGGAGGUGACAUUACAGCCGUCCCCAUACCCGGCUGUCACUUAUAGAACCAUAGGAGGAGUCUUGGAUUUCUACGUCUUCCUGGGAGAAAACCCAAACCACGCCCUUCAACAAUAUAUACACGCUAUAGGAAAACCCGCCAUGCCGCCGUACUGGACGUUAGGAUUUCACAUCCUACGUUGGGGUUAUUUAACUUUGGAUCGAAUGAAAGAGAUUCAUGAAAGAAAUGUUGAUGCUCGGGUACCAUUUGAUGCACAAUGGGGUGAUAUCGACUACAUGUACAAGAAAUUUGAUUUCACGUACGAUAAGCACACGUUUGGUCGUCUGCCUCAAUUUGUGGAACAGGUUCACAAAGAAGGGAAGAAGUUUGUUGUCAUUGUGGACGCAGGUAUUGGUUCCAAUGCCACGCUCUACAAAGAAGCACAAAACAAUAGCCAUGGCUACAGAAUGUAUGAAGAUGGGAUUGAGAGGGACAUUUUUGUUAAAAACGCAAGCGGUCAACCUUUAGUUGGACAGGUGUGGCCAGGAGAUGCUGUGUUCCCAGACUUCACAAAUCUUAAAAACACAACACUCUUCUGGGAAAAAUGGAUCAACUAUUUUAUUGACACAGAGAAAAUUGGUGUGGACGGGCUGUGGAUCGACAUGAACGAACCGGCAAACUUCGUCCAGGGGUCAAAGUCUGGCUGUCCAGCAAACCAAUGGAACCACCCCCCGUUUGUUCCCCAAAUCUUUGAAGGAGACAAAGACAACGGUAGUCUGUAUUACAAGACUCUGUGUAUGGACGGGAAGCAGCACUGGGGGAAGCACUACGAUGUUCACAGUCUGUAUGGGCACAGCAUGAGCAUGGUUACUUACAAAGCUUUGAUAAAUAGAAAUUCUACGAAGAGACCGUUUGUGAUGACGCGCUCCUCCUUCGCUGGAACCUCUAAAUACGCCUUUAAGUGGCUAGGGGACAACGGAAGUCAAUGGCGGCAGAUGCACUGGUCCAUUAUCGGUAUGCUGGAGUUCCAGUUGUUUGGAUUCCCAAUGAUCGGAGCUGAUAUUUGUGGGUUCUGGGCUCAGGCAGAGUACGAGAUGUGCCUGAGGUGGUACCAACUGGGAACAUUCUACCCCUUUGCUAGAAGUCAUAAUAUAUAUAAAAACGACGACGUGGUAUUCGCCAGGGACCAGGAUCCGACUGCUUGGAACUCAACCUUUACAGACGUUGUCAGACAUUAUAUCUUGGUCCGCUACAAGUUUCUACCCUAUAUGUAUACACAAUUUAAAGAAGCCCACAUCGAAGGCAAAAUGGUUCUCCGUUCCUUGAUGUUUGAAUUUCCAGAGGACAAGAACACGUGGUCGAUAGACCGACAAUUCAUGUUCGGCCCCUCUCUUCUUAUCUCCCCUGUGUUAGAUCCCGGGCAGACAACUGUGGACGCAUACUUUCCGAAAGGCAGAUGGUUUGAUUAUUAUGAGGGACGUGAGAUUAGCUCGUCCUACGGCAAGACUGUCAACCUCCCCGCUCCUUUGACGUUCCUUCCGUUUCACGCCAGGGGCGGAUCCAUUAUCCCUAUACAAAAUGCAGGAAACUCCACACAGUAUAGCCGCCUGAAUCCAAUGGGUCUUUGGUGUGCCUUAAAUGAAAGUAACGGUGCUUCCGGUUCUCUUUACAUGGACGACGGAGAAAGCCUAGAUUCAUACACCUCUGGGAAAUAUUUAGAACUGAAGUUCGAACUAACAAGGGGAGAGCGAUUGGACAUAACGGUGGUGCAUGAUGGGUAUACACCCCCGGGCAGACUGAACUUUACCAUCAUAGAAUUCUACGGGAUGAUAAGUUUCCCAACGGUUCUCUCUAUUAACGGGGAAUCCCAGGAAGCCCGUCACAUACGUCACAAAUAUAACAUCGUACAACUCAUUGACAUUAACCUGGACGUAACGAAGAACCACACCAUAGAGUGGCGGACCUCUAUUCUCCGGCACAUAAAGGAGAACUCGUACCCAGAUUUAUAUGACAAAAUGACAGUUUUUUUCUCCUGGAGAACUCAUUUAUCUCAAUCAAAAAUGGCACCACAACGUUCAAACUCGGGUAGGCAGACAUGUUUUAUGUGUAUUUUAUUUUUGAUGUCGGCGGCGGCAAUAACCAUGUCUGCCAUAGUCCUUAAUUGGAUGUUAAACGACGACGAGAAAUCGUCCAGUCCAUCGCCGAAUGUGGCCGGGCAGAAACUGGACACCAGCACUUCUGUGCCCUCACAAGGACCUCGCCCUGUCCCAGACUUCCGGAAGGACUCGGUGGUAGACUGUGACCCCCCAAACAGCAAAAAUCCCGUCCGUGUGACCGAGGAACAAUGCCAACAGAAGCAGUGCACAUGGAUAAAGCAUUCUCACGAAAGAGCUCCACAUUGCAUAUUUACAACAUCCGUCGGAUACACAAUGUAUGGAAACGUCACAUCCGCAGAAAGUUCCCUGAUGACUGCACGGAUCGAGAGACGGGGUCCUGUGGCAGUGUAUGGUAAACCUGUACAUGACGUGGUAGAGGUCACGGUGGAUGAGUACGGGGACAAUGCUCUCCGAAUUUACUUUCGUCCCACCAACUCCUCUCCCUUUGAAAUACCAGACGAGGCUUUGAAAAUAAAUCGGCCCUCUACAUCAAGCAGCAAACUUUACUCUGUACAGUUUGUCAAGGAACCGUCCUUUGGCAUCAAAGUCACGAGGAAGAGCACUAAUACCGUCAUAUUUGACAGUAGCCUGCCUGGUCUCACGUUCUCUGACCAGUUCCUGCAGAUCAGCACACGCUUACCCACGGACAAUCUGUACGGAUUUGGUGAACACAACCACAGACGGUACCGCCACGACAUGAACUGGCGGACGUGGAGUAUGUUUGCGAGGGACUAUGCACCUAACGAUGAACCCUGGAAUUUGUACAGCGUCCAUCCCGUGUACAUGAAUGUUGAAAAAGAUGGCCGGGCAAAUAUGGCGUUUCUGAAAAAUAGUAACGCCAUGGAGGUGACAUUACAACCGUCCCCAUACCCGGCUGUCACUUAUAGAACGAUAGGAGGAGUCCUGGAUUUCUACGUCUUCCUGGGAGAAAACCCAAACCACGCCCUCCAACAAUACAUACACGCGAUUGGAAGACCGGCUAUGCCGCCGUACUGGUCUAUGGGCUUUCACAUCUGUAGAUGGGGGUAUGGAACUUUGGCAGAAAUGGAGAAGGUCCAUCAGAGGAACGUUGACGCAGAGAUACCGUUUGAUACACAGUGGGGCGACAUUGACUAUAUGUACAAGAAAUUCGAUUUCACUUACGACAGAAACACAUUUGGUGGUCUACCGAUGUUUGUAAAUCAGGUCCACGACAGAAAAAAGAAAUUUGUCGUCAUAGUGGACUCAGGCAUUGGUGCUAAUCGGACGCUGUAUGCUGAGGCAAGAGCAAAUAGUCCUGGAUAUAACAUGUAUGAUGACGCAGUACAAAGCGACAUCUUGGUGAAGAAUGCUAACGACGCCAUAUUGAUCGGGAAAGUCUGGCCGGGACAGGCAGUAUUCCCAGACUUCACUAACGUCAACAAAACGACUCAGUUUUGGUCUCGUUGGUUGGACUUCUUCAUUAAGAACGAAUCUAUUAAAGUAGACGGACUGUGGAUCGAUAUGGACGAACCAGCGAGUUUUAUUCCGAGAUCAGAAAAUGGUUGUGAGAAAAAUGAUUGGAAUAGUCCUUCAUUUAUUCCUCAGAUUAAGGAUGGGGAUAAAAACGGCGGGAAUCUGUAUUAUAAGACUCUAUGUAUGGACGCCAAACAGCACUGGGGUCGGCAUUAUGACGUACACAGCAUGUACGGUCACAGUGAGAGCAUAGUCACAUACAGGGCUCUUGCAGAGUUGAGGCCGACCAUCCGGCCCUUUGUGGUGACGCGCUCGUCUUUCACGGGGACGUCUCACUACGCCUUCACGUGGCUAGGCGACAACGACAGCCAAUGGAAACACAUGCACGACUCCAUUGUAGGAAUGCUGGAGUAUCAGAUAUUUGGAUUUCCUAUGGUGGGUGUAGAUAUUUGUGGAUUUUUCGGAGCCGACUCGCGCGAGCUUUGUCUGAGAUGGUACCAGCUAGGAACUUUCUACCCAUUCGCAAGAAGUCACAACGGCAUUUACAGCCCAAACAAGAACUCAUUUGUAAAGGACCAGGAUCCAGCUGCUUGGGAUGAAGAUUUCAUUCGCAUUGUCCGCAAUCACCUAUUGCUUCGAUACAAAUUCUUACCGUACAUGUAUACUUUGUUUAAAGAGGCCCACACUGAGGGUAAAAUGGUACUGCGAUCCCUGAUGUUCGAGUUUCCUGAUGAUCCGAAUACUCUGGAUAUUGAUAGACAAUUUAUGUUAGGGCCGUCUAUUCUGGUUUCACCAGUUCUGGAAGAAAAUAUGACGUCGGUUGAUGCAUAUUUCCCCAAAGGAAGGUGGCAUACAUACACAGGGGACAAGGAAGUGAACUCUUGGACCGGGAGACAUUAUACAUUGGACGCCUCCCUGGAUAUGCUGAAUUUUCACGCCAGGGGUGGAUCCAUAAUUCCUCUGCAGGACCCAAGCAAUUCCACUCAUUACAGUCGCCAGAACCCCAUGAGCCUGUGGUGCGCUUUGGAUGAGAGUGACAGCGCAAACGGAACUCUGUUCAUGGACGACGGCGAAAGUAUAGGUUCUAUCUCCAGUGGACAUUAUUUGGAGCUGAAGUUCAGUCUAAACAAGGGGACACAGCUAGAUAUAACAGUGCUUCAUAAUGGCUACACACCACCAGGAGGUCUGAGGUUUACGUCGGUGGAGAUUUCCGGUCUUUCCGGCUUCCCCUCCGUCUUGUACGUUAAUGGCAAACGCGAAAACGCAAGUCGUUUCAGACUCAAAAGAAACGUAAGUAAACGGAAGAUUUCUGAAGGUUUGAACUAUCAUUCUAUUUUUCGGGGAAUAUACCUUUGUACUCGUGUGAACUGCAUUUGUAUUUUAGCGCCGUUGCACGUGGUCUGUGAGGUACAAUUAAGAGAAUAAACUGAAAGUAAAUUCAAAAGCUAAAGAGGAAAUCUCUAACAUCAAACGAACUCUGUCUUAAAGUACAGCUGUUCUUCAAAAUAUCAUAAAAAUUCUUUCAGAUUCUUCAAAUUGCUGACAUCGACUUGGAUGUAACGAAGAAUCACACCCUAACAUAGAAUAGAUCAUAGAACUGAAACCGCACGGUUACCCUAACAUGGAAUAGAUCAUAGAACUGAAACCGCACGGUUACCCUAACAUGGAAUAGAUCAUAGAACUGAAACCGCACGGUUACCCUGGGGGUCUUCCUAUUACACAGGGAAAAGUGUCUCACAUGAAAUUCGCAUGAAUUGCAUGUGAAUAAUUCACGUGAGAAGAAGACGUCAAAAUAAGAUGCGUGAUAUUUGUAUGAUUGAUUGAUUGAAUGUUGUUUAAUGUCCCUCUCGAGAAUAUUUGACUCAUAUGGAGACGUUACCAUAGCCAGUGAAGCGCUGCAAAAUUUAGGCCUAAGCUCGACGCUUAUGGCCUUUGAGCAGGGAGAGAUCUUUGUCGUGCCACACCUGCUGUGACACGGGACCUCAGUUUUUGCGGUUUCAUCCGAAGGACCGCCCCAUUUAGUCGCCUUCUACGAUAAGCAAGGGGCACUGAGGACCUAGUCUAACCCGGAUCCCCACGGGAUGAUAUUUGUAUGAAUUUUACGUAAAAUACAUGAUCCGUCACCCGUUGCAGUCCAUUUUCGGAUUUUCUUUAAAGAUAUAGAUACUUGUGAUCACACUCACAAUAUUUGAAUGAAUGUUGAUCGUCCGCUUCGGUAGAUCAGAUUCAUUUUCACCAGCUAUUAGCCUCCGAGUUCAAACGGAUCAACCAUAUUUAAACUAUGAAUAUCUGGUGAAGUUCCACAGCAGAAGUAGUUAUAUUGUCCGAUCGCCUUGCGUCUUUUAAACUUGUGUCAUUCAGUAUUGAACUCCCAUAAUGCAUUUCAAUAUGAUCGACCCGUUUUCACUCGAAGGCAAAUAGCUGUUGAAAAUGAAUCUGCUCUCCCGAAACGGACAAUCAACAGUCAUUCAAAUAUUGUGAGGGUGACCACAAGUACCACAAUCAACAGUUAUUCAAAUAUUGUGAGGGUGACCACAAGUACCUAUGUUUUAAAAAGUAACCCUAAGAUGGACUGAAAUGGAUGACGGAUGAGGAAAAAUAAACGUAAUGAAGGAAAAUUCCAUGGAGAAUAUGGGAUAUAGUUAACGACGGCGACCUAAUUUUCAGAAGUUGGACUUAUUUUUUCAAAGUUUCUGUGAAAUCAGGUUAACGACUUAUGUAUGUCAAGAAAGAACAGCAUUCUGGCUUUCAACUGAGAAAACUUUUAAUGCAUUAUCACGAUUAUUACCGAAGUUCUGAAAGUUUGAAGGGAACAACCGAGAAUUUAACGACAGCUUUGUUAGCCCCCUUCACUGUAUAUACUAUAUAUACUAGUUUUCUCAGAUUACAUCUCAAAACCCUGUGAUAUCAUAUGUUUUAAUGCACAGUCCAAGAAAACUAAACAUACGUGGAAGAGGGUUAACUUGUCUGUGGAUCGCCAUGUUUGUUUACGUGUAUAUCGAUCUCGGAAUGCAGACGAUUGAUUGAAUAUGCUUCAGUCAUUUAUAGAUUUAUUUUGCAACAUACAUUGAUUAAUGUUUAUGAUCAUAAGAUAUCGACUUUAUUGUUGUAUUAGCAAAACAAGAAGUGCAAGUGAAAUGAACAUGAAUUUUUUCAUAAUCUGUUAUUACGUAUGACGGUAUAUCGCAGAAUAAUGACCGUGGCAUUCCUUUGAUCUUUGCAAUAACCGAGAUAGAAUACACGACAUAAAGUGUGAUUUCGAGCAGCAUUAAAAUAGUAAAUGAAGUAAUCAGAAACAUAUAUCAUAAAUGAUGUUAUUUUAAAACAGGGAAAUAUACAAAGUAUUGUUUGAUAAGCUUUAUUGGCCCUUCAUUUCUUCGUCGUUCAAUGUAGCAUAAAUUUUACAACAUUUCCAUGCGAAUAUUGUACGAUUAUCACGUGAAAAUCGCCGAAAGCUAAUAUGUAGAGGCCUAAUAAAAUAUACGAAAAAAUCAUGCCAAAAUGAUGCGAAUAAAUUUGCUUGUUAUUUUUCAUAUGAUUUUCGAACAAAAAGGAAUGAAAUUCAUGUGAAGCACUUUUCCCCGUGUAUGUAGAAUAGUUAAGAUGGUUAAAUUAGACGUUUACUUUGAAAAUGUUAACAUACAGAUAAAGGUUUUGUAGAUGUUUGACAGAUCUGAAAUAAACAGAUAUAUUUUCUC